CCCACAAGAAAGAAAAGAGAAAAUGCCUCUGUAUGAUAAAGUAGGUCAUUAUCAGUAUCUUUUGGUGAUAAAUGCCAUUGUGUAAUGAAUUUGAUGUUGACUUUUCUGUUUUUUUAACGUACAUUCAUGUGGUCAACAAAAGAGGUACUCUUUUGAAUGAGCUGACUGUAUUUAUAACUUCCAUCUUAAAAUUGCCUUCCUCUUUUCUAGAGUGAGGCUAAUGGGGAUGCUUCAUUGCUUCAAGAUGCCCUACAAGACCCAGAUCUUGAUGCACAGUUGGAUUCCUUGAGGGCGAAGCUUAUGACAGUUAGAGAGGAGUCAGUUGAUCUAAGUCGGGAGCUCCGAGCAUUAGAAAGACAGUCUGCUUCAAGUGAUCAUUGCACUGGACUUGUCAAUGAAGUGUUACAGCUGUGUGAUGAGAACUCUAUGCAUGACAAGUUCCAAGACAUGGUUAGAGCUGCAUCCGAACUUCGUAUGAAGAUGGGGAAGCUGAGGACUAGGAAUGAAGACAUAGAUCAUCAUAGAACUGAGAAGAUUUACAACCCAAAUGGAGAUUCGUCGACAGCGUCCCGUGGCAAGGGUAAAGUAAUUCAAAAUUUAUGUUACCGCCCGUCAAAUACAACUUAAAAGAACAAAAUCUCUCGUUUCUACUCUGAGUCCCUUCAUUUAAUUGUUUUGUAGGCUUCUCCGGUUUAAAGUUGGAAGAUCUUCAAGGAUUCCUAGCUGAUUUGGAAAAUAUGUGAGCUACUGAGCUUGAUCUUGCAGUUCACGACUUCUGUAGUACUUGUUACAACUAUUAGUUAGUUCUCUCAUGCAAUCUAUCAAUAUUUAGUUCGGAUUGUGCCAUACAGAUUUCUUGGAUUGAAAUAUCGUAUCUUAUCAUAUAAUAUAAAUUACUUGACAUUCCUUCUGUUAAUGAUUAGAUGUGUAGGGAUUAGUUUUACAUAUGUUGCCUUUUGUGUGUUAAUUGAGUGGUUUUUAUGGAAACUUUCAAUCCACAUGGGAUUGAAAUUAAUCACUCAAUAAAACUAACGCGUCAAGUAAGUGUUAUUCCAUACAAAUUAGGACUCCUAAGUCCUAAUCCUGACUGAAUUAUUACAAGAUCAAGUUUCCCUAUAAAACCACACAGCAAUAGACGUCCUCCAUUCAUUGUUUUCUACUCUUGUUCUUGCUCUCUUCAAAAAACUUUCUACGUUUUCUGUUUCUCUUCUCCCUUAUCUUUGAUCUUUUGUGAGUAUGGCUUCCGUGAGCAACACUCUGGUUGCUGUCCUGAAUUGUGUUUUUCUAGUCAUUGGUCUCGCUUUACUUGGUUCCGGGAUUUACUUCCAUGUCCACGGCCACACAGAGUGCCAAGGCGCCCUGGAGGAGCCAUUGCUGGUAACAGGAACGCUUGUGUCGUUCCUAUCAUUGCUUGGCUUGAUUGGUUCGUGUUGUAAGAACAAUUUUGUGAUGAGGCUCUAUUCGUUUAUGAUCUUCUUGUUGCUUGUUGCGCUUGUUUGUUUCACUGUUUUUGCGUUUGUGGUCACCAACAAGAGCGCCGGGAAGGCUUUGUCCGGAUUAGGGUUUAAGGAGCACCGACUUGGAGAUUACAACCAUUGGUUGCAGAAUCACUUUGUGAAGGGCAAGAAUUGGGAUAAGAUUAGGAGUUGUUUGGUUGAAUCUCAAGUUUGCAAGAGUCUUGGCAACAACACCACUGAUCACAAUAAUGCUAAAGAUUUCUUUAGGCAUGCUUUAUCUGAUACACAAUCUGGUUGCUGUAAACCACCUUUGGAAUGCGGAUUUCAAUUCAAGAACAUGACCACCUGGACAAUGCCAGAUUCAGGGCAAGCAGUGAUGAAUAACAGCGAUUGCGAUGCAUGGAGUAACAAUCAGGAGAGCCUCUGCUUCGACUGCGGCUCUUGCAAGGCAGGAGUUCUAGCCAACAUCAGGAAUGACUGGCGUCUGCUCUCUAUAUUCUUCACAUGCCUUAUUAUCUUCACUCUUUUUAUGUACUCAAUCGCAGAAUGCGCGAGGAGGAGGAACCGAGAAGAAGAUAAAUACAGGAGAUCUAGAGCCUAUGCUUAAGCGUACUUGGUUCUUUUUUCAGUAAGCCUAGGAAUCCAUUUUUAACUAGUAAUUGUUGUUUCUUAUUAGUUAGAGGUAGCUAUAUGUAGUUGAUAGGGUAAAUUUUUGUUACAUUAUAGAAGGAUAUUGUUAUUUGAUUCAUUAUAUUCAUCAAAAUUCAUCUUACAUCUCCUCUUCUGUUAUGAUUUACUACAAUGGA